ACACUGUUUGCGCUCGUACAGCUGACGAGGGACAACUGCGCUUUUUCCGCACCAAAACAAUGUUUCAGUAGCACCGAGUAAAUAGGUGUGUAGCUUUCAGACACGUCGUAGCGGAUAAUUCUUUAGUUACAGUUACAGUAGUCACGCUGCGAUUAGCAGGAUAAUGCCAAGCCGUCGCUCCUCGACGCUGGCGGUGAGCGGCGAGGUGUCGCUUUCUUUUCAGGAUGAACUAGCGGCUACUAUACAUGGCGCGUUUGAAGUGGCGGUGGAAAUCGCGGUUUUGGAAAUUACCAAGUUGGUAAGCCAAGCGCUGGGCGACGUCCGCGAUCAGAUGCACGAAACGCAGCGAGAGAACAAGUUUCUCAAAUCGCGCUUGCAGACAGCAGAAGAAGAGUUGGACACGGCGCGCAAAAGCACACCGUCGGACCCCGGGCAGUGCGACAGCGGGGUUUGUCGUAAGAGCCAAGGGAAGGCGCAGCCCGAUGGGCAGGGCCAAGCGGCCGAGGACGCAUACGAGGGCAGCUCCGAGCAGCUGGAGGAGUCCUUUCGCGAAAUUCGUGAAGAUGGACGUGUCUGCUCGAACGAUUUGAACUCACCGUCCAAGACUUCACAAUACCUGGCUUCGGUGUCAGGUCCACAGCACGAUGCCGCUGAUCCACAGAAGCAGGAGAAGGUGGAGCACAGCUCAGAUGUGCAAGAUGACCAAGAUCAGUCAUCUUCUCUGCUCAAAGAGGAACCUGUCCUUGUGAAGGAGGAGACUUUAGAACCAGAGCUGGAUGAUGGUUCUGGAGGUGAGGAUGAUGUCACAUCAGGCUGCAGCUUUAACCCUGGGCCUGAUGAGGACUUUGGGCCAGACAGACUAUCUCUGGUUCAAUCCAAACUACUGGAGGACUGGAGGCCAGACCCAGACCAGCUUCAGAGUGAGAAGACUGACUCAGUGGAACCUGGACCCAGCCAAUGUCUUGCUUCAGACAUCAUCCCCUCGUCGGUUGGUGGUCACCCUUCCUUCUCUGCCUCCUUUGAUGGCCUCUAUCCCUCAGACAGAACUCAACUCGGCCAUCCUGCUUCUCAGAACUAUGCUGUCCAGAUUAGGCCCAACCUCCACCCGUGCAAAAUUUGCGGCCAUUCGUUCGGCCGCGCCAGCGACCUGCGCCGGCAUCACAGUCAGCAGCACAGGGCUCGGCCCUCGGCCGGCAGCAAGGCAUCCGGCACGGGAAGGCCGGCCAAGCAGCAGCUGUUCCCUCCGGGGUGCAGCCCGUACCACUGCAGCGAGUGUGGCCGGGACUUCAACCGCAUGGAGAACCUGAAGACGCACCUGCGGAUCCACACGGGCGAGCGCCCGUACUCCUGCUCGGUGUGCGGCGUGCGCUUCCGGCACUCGGGGGCGCUCACUCGACACUUCCGCAUACACACGGGGGAGAAGCCGUAUGUGUGCGGCCAGUGCGGGAAGCGCUUCCGGAACUGUGGUGGCCUGCGCUUCCACCAGAAGUCCCACAGUAGAGACAGACACGGCUUUACGGAUUGAGUUUGACGUUUGGUUUGUUUGGUCUUUUUUGGGGGUUAGUGUAGUGUGGUGUGUGAGAACAUGUGCUCGAAAAUCUCGCUCAUUAUAUAAUUCCAUAUUUUGUUAGUAAAUAUGGAAUUACGGAACCACGUUUUAACCAUGUUCACAUGUUUAUAUAUUUUAAACAUAUUUUAAACAUUUUUAAUCAAAGUUUGGAUAGCUAGCAAUCUCUUUGGAAGCUAUCGGUUUGUGCAUUAACACGUUUCAGUCCGCUCCCCCUGGCCAGUGCUAGCUUCUCUCACCGUACUGUUUAGCCAGAUCAUUCCUCAGUUCUUGGUGAACUGUCACAUUCCAGGUGAUGUCAACAGCGACGUGUGCAAAGGCAGGAUGUGAAAAUCAGGGCACUUUGAAUACUUUCUUUACUAACGCUUGAAGAUGUUUCUGUUUUUUUUCAUUCUACUGGGUGCAUAUGUAGAUUGAAAUGAGACGUUUGCUGUGUCGCUGGCCACGUGUAUAUGGAUGAAUGGUUUGAAGGGCAGGGGUGCCAGACUGAAACUGCAAAAUCAAGUACAAGCCCAUACAUUUAUUUAAAGUUAUUUGUACAUGCCUGAAUGUGUAUGGCUGGUGAUUUUAAAAUUUUUCAUUGUUGGGUCAAAAUACACUGAGUCGCACUCA